GACGUGGACGCUCCAUGCCCACUCAUCACAGAUUCCCUCCCGCCAUCUAGUCUCACCGUUCAACUUCCGAUCUCAGUCACCUCUCCGACGACGACGACGACUUCCGCGCCGUGCUCUCUCUCCUCUCCCCCUCUCUGAGUUUCUCCGAUCAGUCUUCCUCCGGCAGGUCAGUCUGAAGCAGUGAACACGCACGCUGGGGAAAAUGGCGACUCCGCGGCUGGUAACCGGACUCCUGGCCUUCUUCCUGGUCCUGGGUCUCACGAUGGUGGCCACUCUCAUCUACACCAUCUCCAUCGACGGCCUCCCCUUCCGCCGCGAGCUCCUCACUACGUGGAUGGCCGCAACCCUGGUCGACUUCUACACUGUUUUGGCCCCUAUAGCGGUUUGGGUCGUGUACAGGGAAGCGAAUGCAUUUACUGCUAUUGUUUGGGUAAUUCUUCUCAUCUGUCUUGGCAGCGUGACAAUGUCCUUUUACAUUCUUCUGCAACUUCUCAAGUUAUCUCCUCAAGAAUCUGCACAGGAUCCCAUGUACCAUGUGCUGCUGCGGAGUUUCACCAAGGACCCCACAGAAUAUAAGAGAAAGCAUUCUCCUGUUAUAAUUGCAAGAAUCACUUUCAGUGCCUUGGGCUGUUUGAUGUUGGGAACUCUGCUCUAUACAAUCUUCACUGAUGGCAGCCCUUUCCGGAAAGAGCUCUUGACUCCGUGGAUGACAGCGACACUGAUUGACUUCUAUAUAAACAUAGCUGCUCUUUCCGUUUGGGUCAUCUACAAGGAAUCGAGCUGGAUCAGUGGGUUUAUAUGGGUCCUUCUGCUGAUUUGCUUUGGCGGUGUUUCGACCUGUGCCUUCAUUGUAAAGGAGCUGUUCCAGCUUACUUCCCAGGAUCCUCUCUACCUUGUUUUGUUGAACAACCUUAACAGCAUAUAUGUAUGCCUGUCAAGCAACUGAAUCUUGCGAGAUAUUGUAAAUAUGAAAGUGAUGCUACGAACUGUCUUAUUAAUGUCAUCGCUCAAUGUGAUUGUGGGAAUUUGUUCUUUGAUAUGUUGUUUCCUCAUGUCCUAUCAUUUGUUGAGGAUUCAGCUUAAGAGCUUGGCUUGUGAUUGUUGUUAGGGCAGGAAACAGUUAUGAGAGGACUCUGACGUGAGAAGAUGCAUUCAUGAGAGUGAGACUGGACUCUCCCUGCAUUCCUACUGAUAUUUUUUGUUUUGUAUACAUCACUUUAUCGUUAUCAAUACAUUGUUCAACCUUCAGCCCGUUGUGUAUAGUUUGGUCUGUUCUUAUUCGACUAAUAAAGUGAAACGAGCUUCUCUUUCCCACAUUUGAUAUGACAGCAUGUCAAGUGAAUGAAGCCGUACAAUGCCAAAAAAAACAGAACAAAGGAGUGAGCACAUAUCCCCGUUCGAUGUGGGACUAUCAUGUCAAACUCUCUACUUCACCGUGAUCAUGGCAUGUUUGGACAUGUGCUAGACUUCAGAUGCUCGGUGAGGAAAGAUGGGAAGCGAUAGGGACAUUUGAACUUGGUGGUAGGAAUUCAGAAGGUAGAUCAGAUUUUCGAUUUCUUAUCAUCAGCCAAUCAAUUUCAGAUUAUUCGAAUUUUCACAUAAGUCACUUGAAAAUUUUUCUUUUUGUGA